UCGUUGAUGCAAAUAGCAUUGUAACAAAGACAUUAUAUAUGAAUAGCCCCAUACUCGUACAAUUGAGCUAUUGUUUUUCUGAACUGGAGCAUCACCGUUCCGAACAAAGGAUCAAACGGUGGUAUAUAAGAUGUCCAACCCCUUUCUUUCAUCGUCAGGAUAUUCAGUCAGAAUAGGUCCACACUUACUUCCAAGUCGCUACCUACCUAGUCAACAGAGAUCCGACAGAUCGCUGAGACAAGCCUCUCCAAAAAGAUUACACUCUAAUCCAAAAGUAAAACAGAUAAACCGCGAGAAAUCAUUCCAGAUGUGUCUCAUGGAGGUUUUUGAGCACCGCGUCUGUCGGCACCGCGUCAAGAGCGGAGUGGUUGACAAAUGCACAAAAUACUAUAGUCUGGAAGCAGCGGCGAAGAGGUCGAUGGACUCGGACUUCGACUUCUAUAGCUGCGGGACACUGAACUAUGCCAUCGUCCAAAAAGAUGGUUUCUGCUCUGACAACUGCCCGGCAGUAUCGAAGACAGCCAAAGAGCCCGCUCGAAGGAAGAAAGAAGCUCGCGAGGAUGCGAAGAAACAGGAGCGAGGUAAGGUCCUGUGGGGACGGAAGGAGGGGAGGGAGCAAGCAGAAUUGCGGGAUAAGGAGGGCAAGUUGAGGAUUACACCACUCUGGGAGACGGCCGUGGGUGGAACAGCUGCUCGCAGAGCGCCUGAUCAGCCACCGGCCACAUCGACACCUCGAACAAGGCAAUCGAUGCCACAGAGUGCCCCCCCUCGGCUUGCAGACCGCCCUCUCCACCCCAAUGCCUUGAGCAGCCCACCACCCCAUUCCAAUGCACUUGAGAUACGAGCUGACACCAACCGGCCAGACGCAUAUAGACAGGGAACGCCAAGCCGACGGGGGGUGCCUGAAGCCAGGUCCCCGGCCGUGACGAGAGGCGUUGCCAGAAAUCAGCCAGUUUUGGUAAGACCCCCAGCUGUUUGCCAGCCGUCACGGGCAACUUCCAGCAACGCCCUGUGUCAUAAUCAUCAGACGUCAAGUCUUCAAGCCAGGCCACCCCAAACACAGCAGAUUCGACGGAAACCUGUGCCGGGCCAGAGAGCCGGGACAUACCCUCCACCACCAUCUCAAGAGCAUGCGACGUCAGAUCUUGAAGCCAGGCCGCCACAGGCACAUCAGAUCCGGCGAAAACCUGUGCCGGGCCAGAGAGCCGAGACAUACCCACAACCACAAUCUCAAGCGCCACCGUUUUCACUAGAGGAUUGUGCAGGCCCUCCGGUCCCGCCAAAAGACCCGCCGAGGCGGCCAUAUCCCAACGUGGCCCCUCCCCAGUCUACCGCGGCCAGUGCAUCAGACAGGAGAACCCCGAGACAAGCAUACGGGGAAGUUGAUCCUGAGCUCGUGCCAGCGCCGCUGUUUGCUAAUCGUCAGCCGGAAAGAGCAGCACGACGAGACCUGACGAUACAGGGAAGCAACCCCUCGCCGGGUGUUAGAAGAGAUCCGGUUGCAGUCGAAGGUUACCCGCCGAAUCCCAGCAUCGAGCAUGGGCGUCUACCCGCACGGGCAAGUAGUCAUCCACCAGCAGCGAUAAGGGGUCCGGUUGCAGUCGAACGUUACCGCCCGAACCUCAUGUUUGCUAACCAGAGGCGGGCAGCGGAAGAAGCGUCGAAAAAUCCAGGGACUCGAAAGAGUAGGAACAGCACCCGCAUCCUUUGCAACUUGUUCAAAAGGCGGAGCCCCAGCCCGGAUUUUGUCAGCCGAGAUGCAGCACGGGUUGAACAAGGACGGGGUUCUUCUUGGCGCAGCUAGAAUAGGUACAUAGCAGGUAAGCGAGGGUUUGGUCCCCGGGGGAGAUGGUGCUAGCCCGCGAGGGUGGACUUCAAUUUGCUCUUUCCGUUGCGUUUCCAUUUGUUUGGGUCAGGACAUCCAGAGUAAUUAUACACGAUCAAAUAAUAGCAUUGCCUUAGUAUGAGUGCAAAUGAGUGAAAAAGAAACAAUUCAGUUCAUUGUGACCGGUGGUUCCAACAAAGACUGAGUGAUGGCCGUUGAUAGGAGGAUGAAGUCGGG